AUGCCGGUGAGGCGGGGACACGUGGCGCCCCAGAACACCUUCCUGGACACCAUCAUCCGGAAAUUCGAGGGGCAAAAUCGAAAAUUCAUCAUUGCCAACGCGCGCGUGGAGAACUGUGCCAUCAUCUUCUGUAACGAUGCCUUCUGCGGGAUGUGCGGCUACACCCGGGCGGAGGUGAUGCAGAAGCCCUGCACCUGCAGCUUCCUGUACGGCCCCCACACCAAGAGGCCCGCUGUAGCCCAGAUGGCUAAAGCCCUACUGGGGGCGGAGGAGAGGAAGGUCGAGAUCUCCCUCUACAGCAAAGAUGGGGUAUGUUUCCAAUGCGUGAUAGAUGUGGUUCCAGUGAAAAAUGAAGACGGGUUGGUCAUUAUGUUCAUUCUAAACUUUGAGCUUCCCACUGACCCCAAGCCAGUCAACAGCUCCCCAGUCAGAGAGCUCAACCAUGUGCUGCAUCUCCCCUGGCUGACCCUGGCUCGGCGGCGGCAACUGCGUCUCCUGCUCCGCUCACUGAGCUGUGGGGCCGACCCCUUGUCAGAGGACUCUGAGUUGGGAGGUACUCGGGCUGACCUGCCUCCCCUUGGACAUGAGUCGGUAGCCCUGGACAAACUCCUGUCCCUCCCUGAAAGACAGCGGCUGGAGGGGGCGGGAGCCGAAUUGCUGCUAUGGGACCAGGAGGAUGGGGAGGACAAGUUCGGAGGGGGGGAGACGGCAGGCCUGAUGGAGGCCAGGCGAGGUAGCAACGAAACCAGAGAGGUGUGCAGGGUUAAAGAUGUGUCAGGGGAUCAAAGAGCAGAGCUAUUUGUGGAUACAAGAGGAAAUGGAGGGAGGGACCUCCAUGCGGACCUGCCCCCAGCCCCGGCCUCAGCUCCCCCGACACUGACACUCCCCCUUGCCUUCUCCCAUUCUUCACCCAGAGAAAGAGGAGGGAGGGGAGCGGAGGUGGAGGGAGAUGACUGCCCGUUCCGCAGUAACCCUUCCACCAACAUGCUGUAUGAGAGCUGCAGGAGUCUGAAACACGCCUCCUCUGUGGAUGACGUGAAGAGUGGCCAGAGUUACCGGGAGCGGAGGCUGCAAACACGACACAGCUGUACCGGUGGUAUGGUAACAAGUAGGAAGACCAGCAUACCUGGUGGGACAUCAGACACAGAUGUAGUAUGCAGCCGCAACCUUAGCCAGCAGUUGACUCAGAGCUUGCUGGAGCCAAAGACAGAUCCCUAUGUGGCUCUGCAACCCGGGGAAAGAGACAUCCUGGCUCCGUGCAAACUGAUAGACAGAACUCACCAUGUUACUGAGAGAGUCACUGAGGUCCUGUCGCUGGGUGCGGAUGUGCUGCCAGAGUACAAGCUUCAGACUCCCAGGAUCCAGAAGUGGACUAUUCUCCACUACAGUCCAUUUAAAGCUGUGUGGGACUGGGUCAUUCUGCUUUUAGUCAUUUAUACCGCAAUAUUCACCCCCUACUCCGCCACAUUUCUACUCAGUGACCAGGAAGAAGCAGCCAUGCAGACUUGUGGUUAUUCCUGUUCCCCCCUGAAUGUUGUGGACUUUAUUGUUGACAUCAUGUUCAUCGUCGACAUCAUUAUCAACUUCAGGACUACCUAUGUCAACUCCAAUGAUGAGGUUGUCAGCCAGUCUGCUCGUAUCGCAGUCCACUACUUCAAAGGCUGGUUCCUCAUCGACAUGGUUGCGGCGAUUCCCUUUGACCUCCUUAUCUACCGCUCAGGAGAGGAGGUGGUCAGGGGAGGAGGGGAGGGAGAGACCACCACGCUGAUUGGUUUGUUGAAGACGGCUCGGCUGCUCCGAUUGGUCCGUGUGGCCAGAAAGUUGGACCGCUACUCGGAGUACGGUGCUGCCGUCCUCUUCCUCCUCAUGUGUACCUUUGCCCUCAUUGCCCAUUGGCUGGCCUGCAUCUGGUUUGCCAUAGGAAACGUGGAGCGGGCCGGCUCAGCUCGGAUUGGCUGGCUGGACUCUCUCGGGGAGCAACUGGGAAAGCCGUACAAUGAAUCUAUCAUCGGGUCCGGUCCAUCCAUUAGAGACAAAUACGUCACAGCUCUUUACUUCACCUUCAGCAGCCUGACCAGCGUGGGGUUUGGAAACGUCUCCCCCAACACCAAUUCUGAGAAGAUCUUCUCCAUCUGUGUCAUGCUCGUCGGAUCCCUCAUGUACGCCAGUAUUUUUGGGAACGUGUCAGCCAUUAUUCAGCGGUUGUACUCGGGCACAGCACGCUACCACACUCAGAUGCUGAGAGUCAGAGAAUUUAUCCGCUUCCACCAGAUUCCCAAUCCGCUGCGGCAGCGACUGGAGGAAUACUUCCAACAUGCAUGGUCGUACACGAAUGGAAUAGACAUGAACGCCGUUCUGAAGGGUUUUCCAGAGUGUCUCCAGGCAGAUAUAUGUCUCCACCUCAACCGCACCCUGCUGCAGAACUGUAAAGCCUUCAAAGGUUCUACCAAGGGCUGUCUGAGGGCCCUGGCUAUGAGGUUUAAGACCACCCAUGCCCCUCCUGGUGACACCCUGGUCCAUGCAGGAGAUCUGAUAUCAGCCCUGUACUUCAUAUCCAGAGGAUCCAUAGAAAUCCUCAGGGGAGAUGUGGUAGUGGCUAUACUUGGAAAGAAUGAUGUAUUUGGUGAGCCCAUUAACUUGUUCGCUCGACCAGGGAAGUCCAAUGCCGAUGUCAGAGCGCUGACAUACUGUGACCUCCACAAGAUACACAGAGAGGACAUGCUUGAGGUGUUGGACAUGUACCCAGAGUUCUCUGAAAACUUCUGGUCGAGCCUUGAGAUCACCUUCAACCUCAGAGAUGCCAGUGUUGUUGACCCAGUCGACGGUGAGGACUCGGACCAUGAGGGCUUCAGCAGACAACUGAAACUUUCCUUCAGUCACAGAGCAGACAAAGGAGAUGGAAGCACAUCACAGAGAACUUCCUGCAGAUACAAAUGCAAGCAGACUAACCUGGACCAGAGCGACUGGCAAAAUGCAGACAAUCACAGAGACAAACUGCACAGCCCAGCCUUUUCCAGUGGGGAUGAGGGAGAAGGGGAUGAAUCAGGAUUGACCAGCACCCAGGCUUCUCCGUUGACAGGUCUGGGUACUGGUCCUGGCCUCGACACCAGUACCGGCAUGGGGACUGACAAGACAGAAAAGACCUGUAACUCCUUAACAGAUGCUUUCUCUGGGGUCUCCAACAUAUUUAGCUUUUGGGGUUCUGAGACUAAAGAGAAGCAGCAAUACCAGGAGUUGCCCUGCUCCCGCAGCCCUCCCUCACCUCCCCCACAUCCUCUCCCCUCCUCCUCACCUCCUCCUCCUCCCCCUCCUCGUUCUAUCACUACUCACAGACAGAAGGGGGAGUUGGAGUACAGACUGGAGCAGCUUCAGAGACAGAUCCACAGGCUGGAGUCACGCAUGUCGAUGGACAUCGGCGCCAUCAUGCAGCUGCUGCAAAGGCAGCUGUCAAUGGUCCCACCCUCUUACAGUACCCUGGCAUCGACACCCAAUGUACCUUCCUCUCCAGUCCCAUCCCCUACCCCCAGGCCUUCCGAGAGGUUGGUGCAACCCGUUCCUCCCCUGAAGACACAGAGCUUGGCAUCACUUCCACAGGUUCUGGGCAACCUAGACAUUGUGGAAUCCCCUUCCAAAUCUAGUCACUCCCUCAAUAGCCCAGGAAUAGACCUUCACCUCCCUCAACCAACCCCUCUCCAAAACUAUACCUCACAGUCCUGCCCCUCUGACAUCAUCGGUCAAACAGACCACCACCCCAAGGGUCACCCCAGCCGGUCAGAAACCCCCCCAUUCAGUAUGACUGAUCCCAAGAGCUCUGCAAGGUGUGAGCAUGUUUCAGGGACCAUAUUGAGCCAUUCAGAGUCAUUUGACAACCAGCGGCGGCUGUCGUUGCCAGGAGAGCCAGCAUCUUCAGUGGACAGCAACCGCACUACUCAGCACUACAGUUCAGACCCUUGA